CUGUUCCCGCGGGGGAGGUUCACGACAAAGUGCGCGAUGGAGCCGAGCUCCCCGCAGCAGCUCCCGCGGCGGCGGUGCGCGAUGGAGCCGCGCGCGGAGGACUGCGUGGACGGGGAGGACAGCGUGGACCGGGAGGACUGCGCGGACCGGGAGGACUGCGCGGACCGGGAGGACUGCGCGGACGAGUACAGCGUGGCCGCCUGGUGGGACAUGGUGGUGAGGAACGUGCGAUCUAUUCCACAAUGCUGUGAAACACUCGGAAGGAAAAUUGCCACUCAGUACAACAGCUUUACUAGUAAACCAUUAAAAGAACACAUUUUCCCUCCUCUGAUGGACAUGCUAAUUUAUUUUAAUUUUUUCAAAGCACCAUUUCUUGUGGACUUAAAGAAGCCAGAGUUAAAGAUGCCUCACACAGUGAACUUCUAUAUCAAGGUUGAACCGGGGGUGAUUCUGGGAAUCUGGCACACAGUUCCCAGCUGCCGGGGGGAAGAUGCUAAAGGGAAGGACCGUUGCUGGUACGAAGCGGCCCUUCAUGAUGGCAACCCAAUUAUUGUCUAUCUUCACGGCAGUGCAGAACACAGGGCAGCUCGUCACAGGCUUAAUCUCGUAAAGGUGCUGAGCGAUGGUGGCUUUCACGUCUUGUCUGUUGACUACAGAGGGUUCGGGGACUCUACGGGUAAGCCCACAGAGGAGGGACUGACUGCGGACGCUAUUUGUGUCUAUGAGUGGACCAAGGCAAGAAGUGGCACCACCCCCGUGUGCCUCUGGGGCCACUCUCUGGGUACAGGAGUUGUAACGAAUGCUGCGAGAGUACUAGAAGAGAAAGGAUCCCCGGUUGAUGCUAUUGUUCUGGAAGCUCCAUUUACCAACAUGUGGACUGCAAGUAUCAAUUAUCCCCUGUUAAAGAUUUACCAGAAACUUCCAGGAUUUUUACAAACACUUAUGGAUGCUUUGAGAAAAGACAAAAUAGUCUUCCCUAAUGAUGAAAAUGUAAAAUUCCUGUCUUCCCCCCUCCUCAUCCUUCACGGCGAGGAUGACAGAACAGUGCCUUUGGCAAAUGGAAAACAGCUCUAUGAAAUUGCACACAAUGCAUACAGGAACAAAGACAGGGUGAAGAUGGUGAUCUUUCCUCCUGGCUUCCAACACAACCUGCUUUGUAGAAGCCCCACACUGUUAAAAACCGUGAGAGAUUUCCUGUGCCAGCAGUGGGCAUGAGGUCUGAGAGCAGCAGAAACCUCCAGCAAAGACUUGGUCCGAACACCACCUGUGAUGUGUAUUUUUUUGUGUACAAUUGUACUGGGAUGCUUGGGUGAGCUAAAGUCAUUGGCAUGUCUGCAAGCCACUUGCCAGCUACAAGCAUGGGUGCUGGGUGGUACGGGAUGCUCUCAUUUAGUUCAUGGAACAUGCUGAGACAUCACUGUGGAGAAUCAGAAUUUGGUAAAAACUGGAUCCCAUAUAAAAAUGUGCAGUUGCCAAACACCCUGGGCUAUUUGUGAAUCAGGUGUAGUCUUUGGUUUGGACUUAGAUAGCAGUGUAAGAAAGGUGCUCCAAUGUAGUUAAAUAAUUUGUGUUUUAGUUCAUUUAAAUGGCAUUAAAACGUUCCACGCAUUUUUUUUCUAGGGGAAGGUCCUAACAUGCUACUCAAUUUGUUGUAAAAUAAUACGUUUUGAGACUCAGGUAGCUCUGGAAAUUCAUACUUUAUUUUUAGCUCCAAUACAGUUAUACACUUUCCUCGCCCAAUCUCCAGAGAUACUUAACUGGAUUGUUAGCUAACAAAACAAAACAAAAUCAAAGAAUGUUGCAAAAAGGUUCAAGUCCAAUAAGAAACUAUUUUUUUUCUAGAGACAUUUUACAACUUACUUUCCACUGGCCUUGUACACCCCAUUGCUAGAUUCAUUGGAUAGGGAAAUCUUUAGAUCUGAAGGCUCCAUGUUCCAGAUGUCCUUGGCAUAUUCCUUAAUUGUGCGGUCACUGGAGAAUUUCCCCGAGGCAGCUAUAUUUUUGAGUACCAUCGCGUUCCAGGCCUUUGGAUUCUGUAAACAACACAGAUAUAUACGGCCAAGGGCCUGAGUGCCCAUCGAGCUUUAGGACAAACAUCAGGCAAGCAUAUCGAAGCACAUUUCACGGAGAAGACGAUGGGAGUAAAUUGUAGUGAAUUAUAAAUACAUACGCUUCACAGUUGAGAGCUAAAUAGGGCAGACUGAGCCCUUCUCCUAUUUAGAGUAUAUAUUUCCCUUAAGAAUGAAAAAUACGUAUUUUUCAUUUUCAGGGAAACCAGGGAUGCAAAUUACCUAAUCGAUAAUUUUUGCUAUAGUUACGAUGUUUUUGCAUGGAAAUCAUAUUUUCCAUGCUUUGUUUCAAAUGAGGAUACCUUCCUUUAAACGACAGGUGAAAGGAACACUAAUAUUCACUGUCUGCUAGAAACCAAGUCAAGAGAUUUAACCUGUGGCUCACAAAGUUUGGAAAACACUAUGCUAGAAUGCUAACGAUCCACUGAGAGACUUUAUUGACCUACUUUUCUUGUUUUUUUCUGAAGGUAGAUGUCCCAGUAGGUUUAUACUGAAUCCCGUUGGGAUUUCAAAACAUGAUUAAUUAAGGGUUUAUCCUUAAUAAAAUAUGUAACAUCCAAAUCUCAUACUUUUUAUACCAAUAAGAAUAUAAGAAAGUAUUUAAUAACCUCAUGAUUUUGUAAAGAACUCUAACAGUUCAUUGUUAAUUACCAGAACAUUAUUUAAAACCAAUAGCAAUGCAUUAUAAGGAUUAAAAAAAAUUUAAAAACUACCAUCAUUCCUUAAGGUACUGUGGAGAAGAGUCUGAAAUUAGUUUGUUCAGACUCUGGAAACUUAUUAAAAUAAAAGAAUAAAAGCCUCAUCUCUUCACUUUCUUUGUAUUGUUGAGGCUUAGAAAACAAACUCACAUGGAUGGGAAGUCUCGUCAUUAAGCCUCAACAAUACAAUUAUUGUUAAGAGUAAAAAAUGCAAUUUGCACUAAUGAACAAGAAAGCCUGACCCAAAUACUUGGCUUCUAGAUGAGCAUCCUUUGGAUGGGGGCCAUCAUUUUAACAGAAGAGGCCCAUUGUGCAAGUUCGACAUUCACGUUUGUGCUUGCCCUUGGCCAGAUUUUCCUUUCUUGUUCUGUUUUAUUUUUAUUUCUUCCCCCUGCAGCCUUUCUACAGACAAGCAUGGGUUGCAAUCAAGAGGAAAGAGGGAGGGGUGGCCAUUUUCCUUUCUCUGUCUUUGAGGCUGCUCUCUCCAGUGUUCAGGAAGCAGGGAGUAGGCCACUGAGCUUAACUCAAGUACUGCCCCUCCUUGCUUAUGGCCAUGAACUGGAAUGUACUCUGGUCUGUACACUUUUGGGGAACUGGAUAGGACUCUACCAGAAGCUAAGGGCUGUGAAGCAGCAGGAGCCUUGAAUGCCGACUUUAAAACCCAGUGGGACACUCAGGAUGACUGGAGGAACCACCCUGUUACCCGCUUUGGGAAAGGAAUGGAAAGAAAUGUUAGUGAAAUAUGUUUCUGUUGGGAGUAGUUACGGAUGAAUACAAAGGCAGGAGGUGGUGACUUUAUGGCACUUCAUUCAUCUGCUGCACAAUGGUUUUCAAGUUGGAGGGCAACAAUAAAGACUGAGGGGGCAAGGGCCACCAGAAGGCUCAAGGACACAGACCCCAAGAGACCCAUCCUGGAGACUUGGCCGAGAGCCAGCCUCUUUCGGUAUCUGUUCUUCUGUGGUGUCUGCAAUUCACUAAAAGUCUAUUGUAUCAGAGAUGAUGAACCUUUCCUUGUGUCCACAAAUGAACCCAGAGGGCUGGGCUGCUUGAUAAAGAUGUGCAUGGCUCUGGCCUUUCCUUUCCUUCCUUUCUCCUCCUCCCACCCACCUUUUUUUUUUUUAAGUACAGUCUUUCUUGUUCCUUUCCUUUCUUAAAAAAAGUCAAACAUAAAACCUUCAAUUUCUUUGCAAUUUUCAAGGAAAAAGGGGGUCAGUCUUUAUCCCAAUAAACUAAAGCUCAGCAUUAGAAUCAUUUAAGCAGGUUUUUCAAAUACUGAUGGUGAUCCCACCCACUACUGGGUCAGAUUCUCUCCCAGGGAGACUGGCAUCUGUACUUUACCAAGCUGCCUUGGUGAUUCUGAUGUGCACUAAACAGGCUCCUGGAAGGGGGUGGCAAGAAGAGGGUGAUUUUGUCCGUGCCCAGCACAGUGCCUGCCAUGGGAAGGCCCCCAUGCCUCUCUGUUGAACAAGUGAGUGGGUAAAACGAGUAUUCAAUUUGGCUUGAUACUUUUAGUUUCUAGGACAUGCCUGCUACAUGGUGGGUGCUCAAUAAAUAUCAAAUAAUUUGUGAUUUUUUUACUUGGACAUUAAAACAUUUACAACUGCUAUGGAAAUGUCGAGUCAACCUCUGCCUAAACAUGGGAAAAGUCGAGUUUUGAUCUGAACAACCUAACCUAGACAGUUGUCUCACUUCCCUUUUUUGAUUUGUCAGUGGGGCCCUAUUAUUUAAACUUAAUAAAAAGAAACAGAAUUUUAAAUUAA